UGCAAUUUUCUCCGACUCCGACGACGCCAAAUGAUAGCGGGAAAAAGGUCUUGUUUCUGCGAAUGUUAAGACCAAAACCUUCGAUAUGAACUCACAGAUUAUGUACCACAAUGUGCCCACUCCUCCGGCCAACGUGUCCUUGGCGGCAAUUGCUCCCGACGGCGGUUUGCUAUACGCCGGCAUUCGGUGUAUCAACUACAUAUCCGCGCCACCGGCAAAUGGUGAACAGCCUCAUGUGGUGACUAUGUCUACAAGGAUAAGCAUACUGGCUCUUGAUGUGAGUCCUAUGUGGACCAGUGGCAAUGGAGGAGCUGUGAAGCCAUUUGCCAUUGUUGGCGAUGAUUUGAGCGUUCAGGUAUGGGAUUGCGCAGUGGGCGAGGCCAUCAUUGGACACAAGGCCCAUCAGCAUCAGCAUGAGGCUCGAGAUGUGCGUUUUGUUCACCACACCACCAACUCGGUGCUGAUGAGCUACCUGGCUAACGGGAACAUACUGUCAAUGGACGCCAGUGAUCUUGUCAUCUACUGUGUGGCCUCCAACACAUACUGUCGUCGUCCCACUUUCAUUUCACCACGGAAUCAUCAGCUCACAAUGGUGCGCUGUUCUCCCUACAACGACAAUUUGUUCGCCGUUGGUACUGCUAUGGGAAACGUGCUGGUCUGCGACCUGCGAAAGAUGAACAUAGUCUACAAGUUCCAUGGCCACAAGGCGCCCAUCUGCAGUCUGGCCUGGCGGGAGGUACCUGCUCCUCAGGAGGAAAACCUAAACGAUCUGACCUCAAGGGCCGAACAAUGGCGAAGUCGCAAUGGAAGUCAGCAGGAGAAACCCAAGGCGAAGCCACCACCGUUGGCCAAAUCCCGGGCAGCCGAGUCUGACGACAUGUUUGACAUUUAUAACUUUGAUCACCUGGAAUGCGAGUUUGGAGCACCUGUUGCUGCCAGACGCAAAUCAUCCGAAGACUGUGGCGGCGGAUUUGUGGGCCUGGAGAAGCCAGCAGGAGCUGCUGCUUUAGAUUUUGUUGAAGCCUGCGAGAGCAUGAAGGCGGAUCUCUUGGCCAAUCGCCAGGAGGAAAUCACCCAGCACGUGGAAGUCACCCUAAAUGACUGUGAGCCCACAAAGCCCACAGGUCCUUUAAGUGAUGCCAGUACCAUUAGUAAUAAACAUGAUGCCAGUGAUUCCACAGAAGGAAGUCUGGAGGUCAUCCAGUACAGCUCGUCUAGUGACGAUGCCGUGAUCGUCGAUGGGGAAGCUGCAAAACCAAAAAGAGAAGUGCUACAUCAUAUAUAUCAUCAGGCUGAGGUGCACGCCUCUGGGACUCCACAUGCUAAAUCUGAGCCCCACAGCAAUCUUCAAACGGUUCCGACGAUCAGCACGGAGACCAUUAGCUCAACUUCUGUUAGCAGCACCCGUUUGGACACUCUUCUUGUUUCUAUUGACGGAUAUGAGGUGAUGAUGAUUUGGAAUGCGAAUACAGGAGCGCAUGCUGGCAAGAACUACAGCAAGAGCAAGUUAGAAGGCAAGAUUAACAACGUAUACUGGCUGAACGACCGGGUCAUUGUUUCCAUGAGUCGCCAUCAGCUGUUUUUCUGGUCACUGGAAUUUGAACGAAAGAUGCUGCGCUACAAGAUUAGCAAGGACAAAGGGCACAGUUGCCAUUUGCAAGACAUUGUAUCGUUUUCCUGUGACUCUAGCAAAGAGAUGAUUUGGUUGUGCAGAAACAAUCGUCAAAUUGGAAUGAUGAAUCCUCAAACUGGACGAUUUGGUGCCUUUUACGGCACGGUAGCAUUUGGAGUGCGAGCGAUGGCCGAGUGCCCUGAUGAUAUGAACAAAAUUGCGUUGGGUUGCUCGGACCGCCGCGUGGCCUUCUUUGAUAUAUCGAAGCUGUCGACCAGCUGCCUGCCCAUCGAUAGCGUAUACGUUGCCAGUAAUGUGUAUUCCCUGGCCUGGAGUCCAAACUGCCUAGAGCUGGCGUUUGGCACCUUCGACGGAACGGUGGGCAUCCUUGAUGUAGAGCGCAUGAAAGUAAAGACCCACUUAGGGACGUCUCACAAGAAGGAAGUCUACUCUCUGGUAUGGCAGGACCACUACAUAUACUUCAUUGUUAAUCGAGUUUUCGGAUUUUUUGACCUAAGCAAAUCAAAAGGUGAACCUACUAUUGUGAACUGCAUCUCUCGGCCCAGUUACCUUAGCGUUCGUGGAUCCUUUCUUUUUGUGGGCACCGACGAUGGUCUACUGCAGCUCCAUGAGCGAGAUUCUGGAAUGGACAAGUCAUGGACUCCGUUUAUCCGCCAGUCAGCUUUGCUUGCUCGUUAUGUGACCGAUAUAGCAUGGAACCCGAUAGAGAGCAAUACGUUUGCUGUGGCGGGCAACGAUAAGAACAUAUACGUGAUGGAGUUCCAGCCAGCUGAACGCAAUUGGAGAACGAAGCACACUUUCACGGCAAACGCAGAGAAGGCGUCGAUUACCUCGUUGAAGUGGAGCCAUAGCCAAAAACAUCUGCUACUCAGCUUCCAUAUCGAGGGAAAGGUGUGCCUUUGGAACUGCAACGAGCCGGAGAAGCCACCGCUGACUAUAACAUACCACUGCCCGAUGUGGUGUGGAAUAUUUUUGCCCACCAAUGAGAACAUUAUUAUGUGCUCGGGAAAGGCGCUCUCCGUGGAGCUAAUCGACAUAAAAGAAGCCCUGGCUGGUGAUGAAAAAAGCAUCUGCCCCAAAGUGGAUGCCCUGUUGAACGUUAAGUGGGCAAGCAAGUCCUUGACACAGCCCUAUGCACCAGUUCUCACAGCGGCUGACAAGAAGCGACAGAGGCGUGAUCAGCGAAAGGCGGCAGCUAAAUUGGAAACUGACCCAGCUGCUAAACAGCAGAAGAAUCACCAGGAACCAGAUACACCAGCUAAUGAAAACUGUGCCAAGAAUUUACCGGUGAAAGAGACCCCUGUAGAAGAAAUGCUGGGAGCCCUCAGCUUGGACAAGAAACCUACAAAAAUAAACAACAAGGAGUGCACAAAGUGCAAGGAACUGGAGGCUAGACAACCACCCGACAGUUUUCUUACCCAUAGUCGAUCCUGCCUUUACCUCACCCAAAAAGAGCUCAACAAGAGCGCCUUAGAGAAGCUGGCCAUUGUUCUCACUGAAGACCCGGCCAAGAUCGACAAGUCAGUGCUCAUUUCAAAGCUAUUUAGUACCAAAGUGAUGGCUAAAGAGCUCAUUGCAAAAGAGUUAACUAAUCUGAAGCAAUCGAACACAAAAGACAUAGCCCCUCUCUGCCUGGCCAUAUCUACUUUCAAGUUGCGCGAGGAGCUGGAACAGCAUAUGGCCAAUAAGACGCUCACCGAAUGGCAUCUCUCGGUGGCUCCCUCAGUGUCUUUUACGCUUUGGCAGGACUGCUGUCGCGCUUAUGCCAAACAGAUGGAGGAAAAGGGCUUCAUUAUGCACGCAGCUACGUAUCUCUUUAGCCUGGGAAUGCAAUCAGAAGCCAUCAAUCUGUUUCUGGCCAACGAGUAUUACAAAGAGGCCCUGGUUCAUGCCCGAAUCUGUUUGCCAGCAACUGAUCCCUUGAUCAAGACCAUAAUUAACAAGUGGCUUGAGCAUCUAGAGGGGACCGGCAACUUCGCUGCGGCAGCCUUGAUCUGCGUACUGGAUAACGAGAUGCUGCGCGGGUACUCUUAUCUAAGGAAGUUCCGCAACUGCACUCCGGAAAUCGCUGAACUAAUGGACCAAAUCAAACGGAUUGGACAGUUGGGCGGAAUGUUAGAUGGUUGUGCUCUCAAUGAACCGAUCCACAACGGAUCUACUGCCGAGCAUUAGCCUUACUUGUUCUUGGUUUAAGCAUAGUUUAAGCUGAAUCAGGCUGUAUUAGUGUACACGUUUGAAAUCGCCCCGAUACAAUCAUGAAGCUAUUAUCUAUUAGCUAGGCAUUUAAAAGUGUUCAUCCAUGAAUUUAACUAAUUUUUUUUUUCAUUUUACCUAGAUAGUCAGAGACUGAGUGGAAUUUAAGUUGUCUUUGGAAUACUAUUAUUUUAAUUAAACUUAACCCAAAGAAAGAAAAUACCAUACAUAUAUCAAUGGCACAAUAGCUAGUAAAGAAACACACACAAAUUGAAUUUCGAAUAAACAAAAAAAGAGAGAAAAUGAAA